GGCCGCACCGGCACAGCCGCUCCAGCGCCGCCGCCGCCGCCGCCGCCAGCGCCUCCCUCGGCCGCCGAGCCGCCGGACCCGCCGGGCCCCGCCAGCGCCUCCCUCGGCCGCGGCGGGCGCUGGGGGCGGGCGGCCUCCCCGGGGCGGAGCCGGCGCCAGCGGCGGGGGCGCGGAAAUCGAGGCCGGGGCUCCGUCGCGGCCUUGCUGGUGCUGCGGGAGGAGGAGGAGGAGGAGGAGGCGGAGAGGCCCCGCGCCGCCCCCGCCGCCGCCGCCGCCGCCUUUGUCUGCGCGGGGCCGUGAGAAUGGAACUGACUGAAGGCCCUAUGAGAAAAAGGGAAAGCUAAGGAUGCUGGAGCAGAACAAUGGAUUUCUCUUUCUCUUUCAUGCAAGGGAUCAUGGGAAACACAAUUCAGCAACCACCUCAACUCAUUGACUCGGCCAACAUCCGCCAAGAGGAGGCCUUUGACGGCAGCAGUGACAUUGCCGAGGAUGGGGGCCGGACGCCGUACGAGGCCGCGCUGCAGCAAGGCUUCCAGUACCCCACACCCACGGCAGAGGAGCUGCCCCCCCUCACCAACGGGUACCCCCCUGCCAUCAGCAUGUACGAGCCCCAAGCCAAGUACCAGACGUACUCUCAGUAUCCCAACGGAUCGGCCAACGGCUUCGGGACGGGCAGGAAUUUCAGCCCCCCGGAGUAUUACCAGCUGGAGAACUCCAACGCCAGGCAGCACGAGGUUGUGGAGAAAUCAUCCCCUCCCCAGCCGCCGCCUCCGCCACCGCCUUCAGCUCCACAAGUGGGGAUUCCAAAGAAGACUGGCUCACCAGAGAUCAAACUGAAAAUAACCAAAACUAUCCAGAACGGCAGGGAAUUGUUUGAGUCCUCCCUGUGUGGGGACCUGUUGAACGAAGUCCAAGCGAGGGAGUACGCUAAGGCAAAACAUGAAGGGAGGAAAGAGAAAAGGAAAAAAAGUAGCAAGCAUGACUCUUCCCGAUCGGAAGAGCGCAAGUCACACAAAAUUCCAAAAUUAGAACCAGAGGAGCAAAAUAGACCAAACGAGAGGCUUAGCACACUCUCUGAGAGACCAAGAGAAGAUGCAGUGCUGGAGGAAGCCCCGGUCCAGCAGCUCGUGCCGUCCCUUCCAACGCAGGUCACCCACGACGUCAAGUUCCAGGUUGGGGAUCUGGUUUGGUCCAAGGUGGGGACGUACCCGUGGUGGCCUUGCAUGGUGUCGUGUGAUCCACAGCUUGACGUGCAUACCAAAAUUAAUACAAGAGGUGCCCGGGAGUACCACGUGCAGUUCUUCAGCAACCAGCCAGAGCGGGCCUGGGUGCACGAGAAGCGCGUCCGGGAGUACCAAGGGCACAAACAGUACGAGCAGUUACUGGCUGAGGCAGCCAAGCAAGCCAGCAACCACUCUGAGAAACAGAAGAUUCGCAAGCCGCGGCCGCAGAGGGAGCGAGCGCAGUGGGACAUUGGCAUUGCCCACGCCGAGAAGGCGCUGAAAAUGACCCGCGAAGAGAGGAUAGAGCAGUACACCUUCAUUUACGUAGACCAAGAGCCAGAAGAGGCUUUGGCCAAAACCAAAAAGACUGCUGCUUCCAAAUCGGAGGCCAAGAAGAGCCGGCGGGCGAAGGCAGCGCCGAGCUCGCAGGCGGAGCACGCCGGCGCGGCGGCCGGCUCGUCGCCGUGCCACGGCGAGCGCCGGCAGGGCCAGCGCAGGCAGUCCAGCCAGGAGGAGGAGGAGGAGGCUCCACCCGUGAAAAUCGCCUGGAAAACGGCUGCGGCUAGGAAAUCCCUGCCAGCUUCCAUCACCAUGCACAACCUGGAUCUGCAGAAGUGUAACAUGUCUCCGGUUGUUAAAAUUGAGCAGGUUUUUGCGCUUCAGAAUGCUGCCGGGGAUGGAAAACUCAUCGAUCAGUUUGUUUAUUCCACCAAGGGAGUUGGUAACAAAACAGAAAUAAGUGUCAAAGGACAAGAGAAAGUUAAUUCUUCGUCAGCUCAGAGAAGUGAGAAAGCAGUGGUGCAAAACGCGUCCUCUCCUGAGACAACUUCUGGGGCAGCAGGUUCUGUAGAAAAGAAGCAACAGAGAAGAUCGAUUCGAACCCGCUCCGAGUCUGAGAAAUCCACCGAAGUUGUGCCAAAGAAGAAGAUCAAAAAGGAGCAGGUUGAAGCUGUCCCACUGGCAGCAGUGAAGACGGGGUUGCAGAAAGGUGCCAGUGAGAUUUCAGACUCCUGCAAACCCUUAAAGAAGAGGAGUCGUGCCUCCACAGACAUGGAACUGACCAGCUCAGCCUACAGGGACACGUCUGACUCUGACUCCAGAGGCCUCAAUGAUUUGCAGGGCAGCUUUGGGAAGCGUUCAGACAGCCCCUCAGCCACUGCUGAUGCUGAUGCCUCAGAUGUGCAGUCCGUGGACUCCAGCUUAUCCAGGAGAGGAACUGGAACAAGUAAAAAAGACACUGUUUGUCAGAUCUGUGAGAGCUCUGGCGAGUCGCUGCUGGCCUGCGAGGGCGAGUGCUGCAGCAUGUUCCACCUGGAGUGUCUCGGCCUGAAGGCCAUGCCUGAGGAAAAGUUCAUCUGCACCGAGUGUAAGAAUGGAGAGCACACGUGCUUUUCCUGCAAGCUGCCAGGCAAGGACGUGAAGCGCUGCUCCGUCAGCACCUGUGGGAAGUUCUACCACGAGGCGUGCGUGCGCAAGUUCGCCACGGCCCUGUUCGAGUCGCGCGGCUUCCGCUGCCCGCAGCACUGCUGCACCGCCUGCUCCAUGGACAAGGACAUGCACAAAGCCAGCAAAGGUCGCAUGGCGAGAUGUCUGCGCUGCCCCGUGGCCUAUCACUCUGGAGAUGGCUGCAUUGCUGCAGGAAGCUUGUUUGUGUCAUCCCACAUCCUCAUCUGUAGUAACCAUUCCAAAAGGACUCACUCCUCAUCAGCUGUAAAUGUAGGCUUUUGUUUCGUUUGUGCAAGAGGGCUGGUAGUGCAGGACCAUUCAGACCCCCUGUUCAGUUCCUAUGCCUAUAAGUCCCACUACCUACUGAAUGAGUCAAAUCGUGCUGAGUUGAUGAAAUUACCUAUGAUUCCUCCUCCUUCGUCAGCUUCCAAAAAGAAAUGUGAGAAAGGUGGCAAACUGUUGUGCUGUGAGUCGUGCCCAGCUUCCUUCCACCCCGAGUGUCUCAGCAUAGAAAUGCCUGAGGGCUGCUGGAAUUGCAAUGACUGUAAAGCUGGCAAGAAGCUGCGGUACAAGCAGAUCGUUUGGGUCAAGCUUGGGAAUUACAGGUGGUGGCCAGCAGAGAUCUGCAAUCCCAGGUCUGUGCCUCUCAACAUACAGGGCCUCAAACAUGAUAUCGGGGACUUCCCAGUAUUUUUCUUUGGUUCACAUGACUACUAUUGGGUACACCAGGGCAGAGUUUUCCCUUAUGUUGAAGGAGAUAAAAGCUUUGCUGAGGGGCAAACUAGUAUUAACAAGACCUUCAAGAAAGCACUUGAAGAAGCAGCAAAGCGUUUCCAGGAACUGAAAGCACAAAGAGAAAGCAAAGAGGCAUUGGAAAUUGAAAGGAAUUCAAGGAAGCCUCCGCCCUAUAAACACAUUAAAUCCAACAAGGUGAUCGGGAAGGUGCAGAUCCAGGUGGCCGACCUGUCGGAGAUCCCCCGCUGUAACUGCAAGCCUUCAGACGAGAACCCCUGCGGGCUGGAGUCGGAGUGCCUCAACAGGAUGCUGCAGUACGAGUGCCACCCGCAGGUGUGCCCGGCUGGGGAGCGCUGCCAGAACCAGUGCUUCACCAAGAGGCUCUACCCCGACGCCGAGAUCAUCAAAACCGAGCGCCGCGGCUGGGGCCUGCGCACCAAGAGGAGCAUCAAAAAGGGUGAAUUUGUGAAUGAAUAUGUUGGGGAGCUGAUUGACGAGGAGGAGUGCCGGCUGCGGAUCAAACGUGCUCACGAGAACAGUGUCACCAACUUUUAUAUGCUCACUGUAACCAAGGACCGAAUAAUAGAUGCUGGCCCAAAGGGGAACUACUCUCGUUUUAUGAACCAUAGUUGUAACCCAAACUGUGAAACACAGAAGUGGACAGUGAAUGGUGACAUUAGAGUUGGACUGUUUGCUCUUUGUGACAUUCCUGCAGGAAUGGAGUUAACAUUCAAUUACAACCUGGAUUGCCUGGGCAAUGGCAGGACCGAGUGUCACUGCGGAGCUGAGAACUGCAGCGGCUUCCUGGGAGUGCGGCCCAAGACAGCAUUUGCAACGGCAAAUGAAGAGAAGGUGAAAAAUGCAAAACUAAAGCAGAAGAAACGGAAAAUAAAAACAGAACAGAAGCAGAUGCAUGAAGAUAACUGUUUCCAGUGUGGAGAUGGGGGAGAGCUGGUCAUGUGUGAUAAGAAGGACUGUCCCAAAGCAUACCACCUCCUAUGCCUUAACCUGACUCAACCACCUUUUGGAAAGUGGGAAUGUCCGUGGCAUCAGUGUGACAUCUGUAGCAAUCCUGCCGUGUCCUUCUGUGAGUUUUGCCCCCACUCCUUCUGCAAGGAUCACGAGAAGGGAGCGCUGGUGCCGUCGGCGCUGGACGGCCGCCUCUGCUGCUCCGCACACGACCCCAAAUCUCCUGUGGCACCCGAGUACUGGAGCAAGAUCAAGUGCAAAUUGGAAGCACAGAACGCUGUGGAAGAGGCAAAGGAGUGAAUUUGGUUAAAAACAAACACGGGAGGGGAGAAGAGGGGGCAGCAGGCGAUGAACUCAGAGUUUGCAGUGCCACACUCGGCUUUGUCCUCGGAGCCGCCGCGUGUGAGCUGGAGUGGGACCAUUGACCUGAGCGAGAAGGACCAGGCAGUGGUGUUUGCUUUUUAUUGUUUGGUCUUUCUUUUACCCUUGAAUGUGCUACAGCAGCUCUUACUGUUGGAAACCAGGAGCGUCUUGGCCUUUGAAGAAAACCGUAAACCUUUUGACAGUGAAAAGAAUAUUCUGUUUAAAAUAAUGUUGAGUGUAGAAAGCAAAGCAUAGCCACAUAUUUAUUUAUUUAAUUUUGAAAGGGUGUUGAAGAUCUGGCUUUGAUCAGUCAUCAUGUCUUUAAAAACAAAACAGCGAAGCCAACGUAACUUUUGUGUCUAGUUUAUGGAAAGAGCAAAGCCUGUCCCCUCUGUAACACUGAGAUGCCAAACAGACAGGUGUGGGUGUCAGACCAGGUGACUCUGAAAUGCCUCUGUUCCAGUACUUAUUGUUAAAGGCAUUGGAGAAGGUAGGUUGUCUCUCAUGUUUACUUAUGAAUAUUAUUGUGAAGCUUUUCCUGUGAGAAAUCAGGUGUGUGACUUCUGGGAAGUGCUGAUAACACAAGGUCUGACAGUGGGGAAGAAGUGGUGGUGCCUCGCUCCAGAGCUGUCUUGGGUGUUUGCAGACAUGCAAAAAUUCAGAGUUUAAUUGCACAGUGGUCAUUUCUUUAUCCCACCUCUUUUGGAAACCCCUCCCAGGCAGGAGAGGCUCCCAGCCCCAGUCAGAGCUGAAGGCAGUCCUGCCAGUGGCUUCCUCAUGUGGUUUGGUGGCAGUCACUGAGUGAUUCUUCAGUCCUGCCUUCUCAGGCUCCCCUUGGCUUCAGGGAGACUUGGGCACGUGGGGGACCUGACCCAUGUGCGUGUUGGUUUCGAUGGAGUGAUAAUAUUUUUUUUUGUUCAGAGAGAUCUUCUAACUUUAAUCUUCAUUGUUAAUGGAGCUGAGGAACAUCUCAGCACUUCCUCAAUGAACAGGGUAUUUUGUGUCUGGGUAAGGGGCCACAUCCCAGCAGCCAGCUGAGCCUCAGGAGAUGGUUCUGUCUUGGAUUUCCUCUGUUAAUCAGAGAGACAGACUCCUUCAGUGAGGCUUUCAAAGUGGCUUAUGUUGCCUCUUGCUCCAGAAUUUUUUUUAGAAAACCUAUAUUCCUCCAUUUUUUUGUGCAAGGAGCCACAGGGCACUGGUGUCCCCAGGCUGGAGCUAGUUUUGGUGACUCUUCCCCCCAGCCCACGAUCUCACCAAGCACUGUCCCCCCCUGCCCUGGUGCAGUGAGUGCUUCUGACUUGUGUGCUGAUAACAGCUACUCCCUGCCAGCCUUUGCUCGUGGGUACUGAAAAUAAUCAAGUGUUGCUGGCAUCUGGCUGAACUGAGCCUUGGAAUUAAGAACCUUGUCUCUGGAAAACUCCUCACACACACCCGUGGGAACACAGAGACUUCUGAGAUCACAAAGAAGUCUGUGUGGAAUUUAGAACAUGUCUUGCCUCUGCCUGGUGUCCUUCUCAGCCUCAAACUGAUGUGCAGGGGGAGUUUUUGUGUGCAAUGGUAGAGUGAUGGAUACACUACAGUCCCUGAGCAGCUGCUGUGCCUGGACUUGGCCCAGAGCACCUGCCCUCACCUCCCUUGGGGUGCCAGACCCCACAGGUGGCUGGGGCACUCCUGGGCCAGCAGCUCUUGGGAUCCCUAAAGCACUUCCUGCUCUGGGCCGUGCUCCAGUGAGGGUCCAACACUAACCCUGCUGGAAAGCAGUGCUGGAUUUUUGGUAUUUUUAAAGGAAAAAAAGGUACAAAAAGGAUUUUAUUUUUCUUAACGUUUUGUGUGGGAAAUAUCUCUUUUUAAGCUCUUAUUGAGGAUGUUUAACCUUCUCAGAAAUUCCAAACACAGCUCUUGCUAUCAUGUCUGUAGGGCCUGAGGUGUUCACUUUAUAUUCUUUAUUAGGCUUGAUAAUGUUCAGUGAUUUUCUCUGAAGUCAGAGCAUUCUGAUACUGCAGCUAUCAGCUGAUAUAUUUUAUAUAUAUGUAUGUAUGUAUAUAUAUAUAUAUAUCAGAUAUGUUGCUGAUAUCGUGCUGCUGUGUGAGUGCCCCGACCUGCUCCAUGCAUUCCGUGUCCAAGGUGACCUGCUGAGCAGAGGGACGUGCUGUGGCAGCACCAGGACACCUUGGGGACAUUGGGGACAGACUGCCAGUGGCCACCCUGGCUGUGCCACAGUGCUGUGCCAGCACACAGGGAGGGCACAGAAGGCUUUAAACUUCUCAAAUGCUGUGAUGGAGGCUGCUGCUCAUCCUGUGCCACUCGAUGUCUUGGUUCACUCUGUGCUCAGACUUCUUAGAGAUGCUUUUUUUCCACCAAAAAGUGAUUCCUAGCAGCCAGCAGCUGGGCUUGGACUCAGAAGGGAAAGCAGGAGAGGUUGUUCAGUUUGUGAACCAAGCUCUGAACUGAAGAGAAGGUGAGUCUUUCAAAAAGCUUUAACAUUGUUAGAUGAGAAAAGGCCAGUUCAGAGGGUCUUGGUGACUGCAGGGGCUGUUCUGAGUGCCAGCUCAGAUGCUAAAAUGUACAUUUUAACCAUGUCUUUGUAAGCUGAGUAAUUAACCAGAGUGUAGUUGCUUAGAGCAGCUCCUUUGUAAGGAAAAGAUUGCACAGCUGUUCUGAUGGAUUGGCUUCAGCAGAGUGGGAGGCAGCUGCUGAAUUAAUUUGUGUGGGCUCCAAAAUAAGGAAUCUUGGAUAGUUGGGUCAUUUCAUGCUGAGACCUUGGGGAAAUCCACAGAACUGGUGAUUUUGGUGGAGGACUGCAGUGUGCUGUCCCAGCACAUUGUUGUUCCUUCAUGGGAACACACCGACAUGUUUUUUGUGUUAAAUUUUUGGGGUGGCCCCACACUUCAGGUGCCCUCCUGCCUCCAGCUGUGGCACCUGCCCAGAGAAGAGGGUUUGUGGUUUACUGGAGCUUCUCUGCAGCUGCACCUGGGCACAGUACAGGCAUCCUGCAGCCCAUGGCCAGAUGAAGCAAGAAUUCCACAAUUCUGUGAUUCCAGUGGUGCAGAGGCUGGUUCCAACAUUCCUGAACACGUGGUGCAAGCAUUAGCUGUUGUAGCUGUCAGAUUAUUGUAUAGACUUGUCCUGUCCAUGGACUGGUGAAGGCGUUUGCAGCUCAGGAAGGAAAUUUCGUGGGCAAAUCACCUUCUCUGGUCACCACAUGGUCUUGGAGAAUCAGUUCAAAUGGAGUAAUAGGGCUGGAAUGUGGAUUUUUGGCCUUUCUUCUAAAAAAACCCUUCUUUUAUCUUAAUUUCAGGAUAGAAUGGGAAAGACACAAUUACUAGACAUAAUUAUCAAUGAGCAUAAAAUCUGUAUAUAUUGAAACUUUACAGAAUUAUGUGGGUGGGGAGGGGGGAGGGUGGGAUGGGGGUGUCCGACGCUGGUACGGAAAAGUCACUUUAACAUGGAAACCUCUGCCUCAUUGAAUUCAGGGUUUAAUGUACUUGAAGCUCUGCGGUUCCUUUUACAGCUUUUUUUUAAUUUAUACAUGAUUUUUUUUGUAUACUGCAUUGAAAAUGUCCUUGACUUCCCCCAAGUUCCUUCCUGCUCCCUGCUGGAUCCACGGCGAACGGGAGGGUUUGGGGGCAGCUGGCUCGGAGCUGUGUGCUCCCCAGGCGACCUUGGAGCAAUGCUGUCCCCCCCUGCUUCCCAUUCCCAUCAGCUUUCCCCACCAUUUCUCUUUGUGUAGCAAAAAACAUUUGCACUUACGAUACACUCCUACACGUUGGAUGUAUUCCCAGUGUUGUUCUGAGGGAAAAAAAAGAAGAGAAAAAGGCAAAACAGGAAGAAAAGAAAGGUUGUUUCCUGUGAUACUGUAUUUCUGAGUGAGCAGCUCAGGUCUGUGUUCCCCUGGGAGGGGUCCUGCUGCUCCAGAGCGGGAGGUAGGGAGCUGGAACUGUGCUUUGUGUAGGGGAUUUCUGUGAUUAAUGUGAAUAAAAAAGGGAAAACAUGUAUGAAUUUGCCAAAGCCAUUUACCACUCCCUGUGCCCUGGGGCUGUGCCCUCGCUGUGCCACCACCAGCUCCAGGGGCAGGCAGCUGCCUGGGGUCCCUCUGGGGAUCCCAGCUGUGUGCAGGGUCCCUCUGGAGAUCCCAGCUGUGUGUGGGGUCCCUCUGGAGAUCCCAGCUGUGUGCGGGGCCCCUCUGGAGAUCCCAGCUGUGUGUGGGGUCCCUCUGGAGAUCCCAGCUGCCUGGGGUCCCCGGGAGCCCCCCACCUUGCAGUUCUCUCUCACUUUUGGGUCAUAACCAGACUGGACGAACCCCUACGCUCCCCGUUCCAGGUGGAUCUGUAUCUCAUUCUGGUGUCACUUUUCCUUUUCCACCAAGCCAGCGGCGCUGCCACAGCCCCUGGGGUGACCCUGUCCCAUCUGAGCCAGGGCUUGGGGGUUGCAUUCGGGGUGCUGUGAGGACCCCAGCCCGUCUGUCUCCAGUGAUGUUGCACAACACAGAUCCCCGCGGAUCCCUCUCCAUCCCCACGUGCUCUGUAAGAUGGACCUUUGUAGAGUCGUUAUUUCUGUAGACUUUGUUUAUCUGUAACAAACUUUGUAGAUUCUGUGAAAUGUUAUUUUAAGGAAAUCACUCGAGUCUUUAAUAGCAAAGCGUCGGUAUUCAGCGGAGUUGGUAUGGAAGAGAUUUUGGACGCAGAUCAGCCCUGGCACUACCGAGGAGUGUCUGAUUCCACGGGGCAUUACUGUAUCAUGACUUGAUGUUGCCGCAUAGACUUUGAGAUAUCCAAUAUUUUGGGGGGUUUGUGUUGGCCUCUGUCCUCUUGCAUAGUGUGAAGCCUGUAAAGCUGGUUCCCUGUACAUAGAUAGCUCCUGUCCUCUAGGUAGAGCGUAUCGAGACUUGCCUGUAAUAUUUUAGCUUCUUACUGACUGUGUGUGAUGGUAGAACAUAUAAUUUUUGUACAUUCUAUUUACUGAGAUGUUGCCUUUUUUUUAUUUUAUUUUACAAAUACUCUGGAAUUCAGAUGUGGGGUUUUUUGGGUUUUGGUUUGUUUUUCUGGUUUGUUUUCCCUUUUUUUUUUUUUUUUUUCCUUUUUCCCUUUUGCUUUUCCGUGAGGAUUCCUUUGGAAAGGUUUUUAACGACAUUCCACUGAUCUGAAAUUUUUGCUUGAGGUUGACUUCAAUAAAUCGUUCUGAAUGUUCCAAUGA